AUGUAUUCGCUGUCAAGUGAGGAGUUCAACAACUCCAAGAACAUCUUGUUCCACCACUACCUAGGAAUUUCUUCCACUGCUGAGCCAACGACACCUUACUCACAGAAAGACAGAGAUCUUGACCGAGAACAAUUGGAGACCCGGAGGCGGUUCAUCGCCAAUUACUUCGAUCGGUUUAUAAGGAAUGGUGGAGAAAGUGCGGAUCAUUUCGACCUGAGAAGACUCAGACGUGAUGACUAUGGGAUUCCACAGGAUAUCAGCAAGCGCUACUUUGUCUUUGCCCAGAGCGACUUUCCGGACACACCCGCUCAUCUUAAUCACAUAUCUCCGUGGUUGAUACGACAUUUCGAAUACGCCGUGCAGUUGUCUCUCGAUUUCUUUAAUGAUCUCAAAUUCAAAAAGUUGAAGGAUCUUCGAAAAUCUCAACGGGAGCUUCCAAUCGCCGAACGAAGGCGCGAAAUUCUAGAAAUUCUUGAAGAUAACCAGGUACUGAUAAUAGCUGGAGAUACUGGAUGCGGAAAAAGUACCCAGGUCCCUCGGUAUCUUCUGCAGAGUGGCUACACUGCCAUAGCCUGUACUCAGCCGCGUCGCAUUGCCUGCACUUCGUUGGCUCGUCGAGUGGCUUACGAAACUCUCAAUGCGUAUGGAAGCGACGUGGCUUAUCAAAUAAGGUUUGAAACUAUGAAGUCGAAGCGCACACAAAUGCUGUUCCUCACCGAGGGCUUGUUAUUGCGCCAAAUGGAAAAGGAUUCACUUCUUCAGCAGUACAACGUUAUUAUCCUCGAUGAGAUUCAUGAACGUCAUCUGAACAGUGAUUUGCUUCUUGGACUUCUUCGAGAUCUGAUUGGAAAAAGAGACGAUUUGAAGCUUAUUCUUAUGUCAGCUACAAUAAAUUUGGAACUAUUUAAGGAAUAUUUCAAUGGAGCUCCAGUAAUUCAGGUUCCUGGUCGAUUGUUUCCUAUCCAAUUGCGGUAUCAUCCAAUAAAGCAAUACAUCAUGGAAAGCGAUAAAAAGAGCCAUAAAAUUGAUCCAGAGCCUUACCUGAUUGAUAAGCAGUUUCCUUCCUCGGAACGUGGUGAUGCUCUGAUUUUCUUAAAUGGUAUUGCCGAAAUCUCUACAGUUGGCGAAGCUUUGAAGACGUAUGCAGAAUUAACGAAGGCUUGGAUUAUUCUUAUGUUGCACAGUGCUUUAUCCGUUGAAGAGCAAGAUAAAGUGUUUGAUGUAGCUCCGUCGGGUAGAGCUGGUCGCACAGGACCAGGUGUAUGUUAUCGUUUGUAUUCUCAAGAGCAGUACGACAAAAUGAACGACUUUACUCCCUCAGAAAUCAACCGAGUAGCACUACAUGAAAUGGCCCUUCGAAUGAUAAGUCUGAACCUAGGAUUGGACCCCCAAACUUUUCCGUUUAUUGAGCGCCCAGAAGAGGAGAAGUUAAGCGAGGCGUUGAAUACCCUUAAGUCCCAGGGUGUUUUGCACCGGGGUCGCGGUAAUCGUCUCACUGCUUUGGGCAAUGUCAUAGCUAAACUUCCAGUAGAUGUAGCCAUAGCGAAGAUGUUAGUUUUGGGUUGCGUAUUCAAUCAAGUCGAUGUGAUUCUGACUGUUGCUGCUGGGCUUUCGGUUCAAAGUCCGUUUACUAAUCGAUCUUACCGUGACCUUCAAGUAGUCGAACGAAGAAGGCGCCUCACGAGUCCUCUAGGAGAUCCCUUCACACUUAUAGAGAUAUUUAGAGAAUGGGUUCUUCAGAAAAGUUAUACAAGCAAAGGUCGACGCUGGGCGUUGGAGAAUGGUAUUGAUGAACACAGAAUAUACGAAAUUAGCAAGUUGAGGUCCCAGUAUAGGAAAAUUCUUGAAGAUGCAGGACUAAUCGACAGGGCAGACGAGCCGGAGCAAAAUGAUUCCCGCUUGCGGCGAAUCGAUCACGGUGACAGAAAGAAACUUUUCGAUAUAAAACGAGAUGCUAGGAACUUGGAGAAAGGUCGAAAAUUACUACGAGCAGACAAACAUUUCGAUUCAUUCCUUGAUGAUACGGAAGAGGAUCUCGAGAAUGAACAGAAUCCAUUGAAGGCCGAUGUGAAGACCAUGGAAUUUUUUUUGAAUUAUAAGCGAAGAGACAUAGAAACAAUACGUUUUACCCACAAAUUGACUAGGAAGGAUGCAGAAGUGCGUACCAUAGUGGUGAUUAGAGUGGUUAUCGCCGCCGGUUUGUACCCACAGUUUGCUAUUCUGGACCCUACGAAUAAGUACCAGCAUGGGCAAGAGCUAUUCGUGCACACAAGAAUGAAACCAUUCAGCUUAAUUCAUCCAAACUCUACAAUAGCGCAGUAUCAUGCAGGUACUGUCAGUUUGGAUAGUGUUGGAGAGGUGCUGGACCCACGAAGUGACAGCGAAGGCCGCUCUGUGCAUCAUCAAAUUCCAUUCUUUGGGUUGUCAUUAGAAACUACAAAACCUUACAUUUGUAAUGUAAUGCCAGUUCCUGCGCCAGCCCUUCUGUUAUUUGCCAGGAAGGUGAUAUCAGAUGAUUGGAAAUUGGUAUUGGUGGAUGAAUUUGUUGAGUUUUCGUUCAGCGGAGUGGCUCAGUGUGAACAAGUUUUGCAAAUUGUGGCAAAAAUUAGGAAAGAAUUAAAUGAAGCGAAAUGUGAAAUGAAUGGUUCAGGUUUGCGAGUGAAACUAUCUGGUGAGAAAUACCAUGAAGAUGAACUCGUUGCUUUGAUAAACCAGUUCACAUUCCUUCUAGCUGAGGGAAAUUUGGAAAUAUAG